AUGCACACCUCGUUUGCUCCCUCUCACCAUCAGCCACCUUCUGAUGAUCACCUGCAUCAUCAAGAAGAAACAAAAUAUCAUCAUGGUGAGGGCUUUCAAACAUCUUCUUCCUCUCAGCACAACAUGAUGGAUGUACAUGAUGAUCCGCAUCCACCUGAGGAACACGAUGAUCACUUGCGAGAAGACCAUCACAAUAAUAACGGCAUGUAUCAAGAGUAUCUUCAUAAUGAUCAUCAUCAAUCGGCCUACCACGAUGUGAGUUAUGAGCCUGUUGUAGAAGGUUCACAAUCCGUUUACCACCAACACGUACACUCGUCGACGAGCAGUAGUGGUGGAGCCAGUUCUCAUCACCAUUCAGGCAAGCCAAAGAAAGACCUCCAUGAAGUCGAGCUAUGGCUUUGCUCGAAACUGAAUAGUGAUUGGAGUUCGGAACGAAUUGUCUCUCAAAUUAAUGAGGAGACUCUCGAACUCUUCAUUGAUGACCACUCUCACCAUAACUAUGACAACUUUUAUAACUUGGGUGUUUCCAACUCGCAACUGAUCAAACUUCGCUUCAUCAUGUGCUGCCUCUCCAUCAAGAAGAAGCAAAUGACUCCAACCCUUGCCUCUUACUUUUGUACAUUAUUUAAGAAUAUUAUCGAAAAUAAGCGUGGAGAAGAUGACUGGGUCAGAAUGAUGGCAGAAAUACUCUAUCUAUUCCCUGAACAUUCAUGCAUUAGGACCGAUAUUCAGAAAAGCAUACUACACGAGCUCGAGAUGAGUGAUGAAUAUGAAGCGCAUGAAAAUGACUCUCCGCAACGAUACUUUCAACAAGCUAUCAAACACUUUCAGGCCCUUGCUAUGAAGCAAGAUGAUGAGAAUUCGUCAUUGUCAUUACAAAAGCUUUCCUACUCUCCUGCCACUUCACUCAAACCAACAGUCUCCAAGUACUUGAAUGUUCAUCCAGAGAGUAUCGAUAGAGCCAUGAAAGAAUUGGAGGAGAAGAGAAACUUUCUCGAAGAAUACUCCAGCACGGAUGGAAAGAACCUCAAUAGCAAUCUAUACUCACUUCGUCACUACCAACCUUCCAACAAACACUUCACUCUAAGAUCAUCUGCCUGUAAAAAUCUCAUUGAACCACUUAAUUAUUUGGACGAGCUAGAGAACGAGUCCUCUAAGAAGAAUGUCAGUGUGAAAGUUUCACCUCUCAAAAAGCUCACUCCUUCUAGACCUCCCUUAUCUUCAUCAGGAUCUACCUCAACUCCAACCAGUGCCAAUCUCAAUAAGAACAAACUCCCUGGACUCAAGAAAAUCUCUUCAAAUUUACCUUCAACACCUAAGACUACUCUCUUAAAGACUCCUCCUCCUUCACAUACUCCCACGACUCAACUCAUUUCACCCCCAUCAGCUACUUCCAACUCUGCUCCUAGAUCUGUUUUUCUCGAAGAUUCGAUUGCCUUACAGAGAAUUAAAGAGCAGCAACAAAACGAGAAGAAACGAACCUCCAACAAACAGUUAACAGAAGAGCAGAAACUAAAAGAAAAAGAACGAAAGAAGCAAGAAAAGCAAGAGCUCAAGGAAAAGAAGGAGAAGGAAAAGCUCGAGAAGAAGAAGCAAAAGGAAGAGCUCAAGAGGAAGCAAAUGGAGGAAAAGAAGGCUGCUCAACAAGCAGCUCUUGCCAAUGGAGGAGCAGCCGGAACAGGACGAAAACGUAGAAAGAACAAUCCUGCCAAUGCAACACAAGACAAUGCAGAUCAGAAUUCCAUGUUGAGUCCUUCACAGGAUCCAAAUGUUGCAGCUGGAAUGCAACACGCUCACCCCAUGUAUGGUACCAUGUUGAAUCAGGCUGGUUAUUUGAAUCCAAUGUUUGCAGCCAGCGCAGGAACUCCAGGAGGCUUCCCACCAUUUGCUGCCGGUCAGUAUGCAAACUUGUUGUCGAACACGUUCUUUUCACCUCCACCUGGUACAGCACAACAGGGUACUCCACAACCCAAUCAACCCGGAAUGCCAUCUGUUUUAAUGCCCAACAUGGGAAAUAUGCAAGCUCUAGGUAAACCUCCACAAGGGGAUCAGACUAGUUUCACACAAUUACUCGGUAUCAACUCGUCACCAAACACAAGACCACCCAAUAAUUUAUUGCCUCCACCAUUUGCACCACCAACUGGCGUUUCAUCAUUUCCAAAUGUAUUAUUCGCUCCAGGAGAUCCAGCCUCAAUGAACAUGCUCAUGAGAGGUGCUCAACUUGGUGCUAAUCCUUCUGCAGGACAACCUCAAAUGCGUCAACCACCAAACUAUCCAGUGAGUAACUUCCAACAACCAUCUCCUACUACGACUACGACUGCUGCUACUCAGAAUCCUCCUCAGACUGCUCAAACUGUAGUCAGUGAUGAAGAGAGAAAGGCCAAAGUUGAGACCUAUCUCAAUGGCAAUAUUUUGAAAGAUUGCAAUAGGGUAUCGGAGGAAACACGAAGCAAAAUUUUCAACUUUUUGAUAGGCAACACAAACUCAGAGGGUGGCUUUGAAGACAAGCUUCUCAUUCAUGAAGAGGUUGAUAAUGAUGAGAAGAGACAAAUUUAUUUCCAUAUGGAUCACACCAAUCGAAAGUGGAAGAAGAUUAUGCAAAAACAGAAUAAUAUCCAUAGCGGAUUAGAAUAA